AUUUUGUCACGAUUACGAGCAUGGACAGAACGCACAAAAUAAUAUCAUGUAAUCUAUAAUAUUAUCCUAUGGUUCGUCCCCGAUCCCGGUGAUACGCGCAAUUUACUGUUAAUCUCAACUACUAGCUAAUAGUUAACUUUGUUAUUCGGUAUUCUGGACUUAAGAGUUCUAGACUACAAUAUUUAGGUACUAUCUGUCCGUCUAUGUAGAACCAAAGUAUUUUAUAGAAAGUUGGGAUUUAUUAGUAAGGAAAGAAAGACAAAUUAAUAGGCAUUUUACGGUUUAUAUUUGAAAAAUUGGAAAAACAUGGUUCACGUCUCCAAGGGAACAUUAAUUACAUGUGAUCAGUCGAUGAAACAGUUUUUAUUACAAUUGGAUCAAACUAACGCUCUUGGAAAAAAAUUCAUUCUACAAGAAUUGGACGAAGAACAUUUAUUUGUGUCAACUGAUGUUUUGGACACAUUAGAAGAUCGUGUUGAUGAAUUAAUGGACCAACUUACUUUCACUCAAAAUUAAAACCAUUUUGCUUCUUAUAUAUUUUAUCUUAUAGUUAAAAAUGUCUUCAAAAGUAGGAAUGGGUAGGGAAUCGGGAAGGUUAAAAGAUGCAGAUAAAAAAAAGGUCCUUGAUACAGCAACCAGAAAUCGUAGGGCACGUCGGGCUCUUGAGAGUUUAGAAAUGGACAACUAUCAACAAGAUCCACAUGCUGACAUUGUUUUGAACAAAAAAGCCCCUAAAUUUUUAGACACUAUUGAGGCUAAAGGAGGGAGACGUAAAAAAGAAAAGAGUGCUGAAUAUUACAAACAAAAAUUUCGAAGGACAUUUGAACAAUUAAUCGAAGCUGAUCAAUUUAUCAACCGUGACCCACCCAACUAUAAUACAAUAGAAGCACCCUCAUCAAAUUUUCCACGCAGAAUAUUUUGUGCAGUCUGUGGAUUCAGAAGUUCAUACACAUGUACAACAUGUGGUGCACGAUAUUGUUGUAUUUCGUGUUUAGGUACACACCAAGCCACACGAUGUCUUAAAUGGGCUGUAUAAAUUUGUGACAUUGUAAAUAAUAUGAUUUCUCAUGUUUUUUUAUUUUUUAUCAUCUUAAUUAUACUCAUAUACUUAAUUAAUUU